AUGGAGAAAAUUUUGCGAUCUUUAGACUCGAAAUUCGAUCAUAUUGUCACUGUCAUAGAAGAAACAAAAGAUUUGGAAGCUAUGACAAUAGAGCAACUCUUGGGCUCCUUACAAGCAUAUGAGGAGAAGAAAAAGAAAAAGAAAGGGGUUGGUGAACAAUUACUCAAGACACAACUCAACUUCAAAGGAAAGGAAGAAGACUUUGGCAACACAAGAGGACGAGGAGGAUAUCGUGGUCGAGGAAGAGGUCGUGGACGUGGAAGUAUAGGCUUCAACAACAACUAUGCCCAUGAAGAUCGAGGAGAAAGCUCAACAAGAGGUCGUGGAAGAGGUGGCUUCCAACCAAGGUGUGACAAAUCACAAAUCAAGUGCUACAACUGUCAAAGGUUCGGCCAUUAUGCUUCUGAAUGUAGAGCCCCUACAAGGAGGAUUGAGGAGAAGGCAAACUAUGUGGAAGAGAAAAGUCAAGAAGAUGGCACUCUGUUGAUGGUACGCAACGACAAUGUAGGAGAACAGGAGAAUACAUGGUAUCUAGACUCGGGGGCAAGCAAUCACGUGUGGAAAAAGAAACAUGUUCGUGGAACUUGA